AUGGCGCCCAAAACCGGAGAGGAGGAUAAAUACAUCCUGAAGGAAAUGCGUGCCAUCAUUCCAAGUCUGAUUGUUGCUCUAAAACACCUCAUCAAGGCAGAUCAGGAACAAGCCAGCGAAGCCAUGGAGGUGUUAAUUGAGCUCAUGGAGAUCGAAGUGUCCAUCAUAGUCCCCCACAUUGCAGACAUUGUCCGCUUCUGCCUGGAGGUGGGCAGUGACACGGCACUAAGCGACUCUCUGCGAGUGAAAGCGCUCUCUUGCAUCACCUUCCUCAUCAAGCUGAAAAGCAACUCGGUGCUGAAACUGAAGCUGCUGGGUCCCAUCCUCCAGAGCAUUUUUCCCAUUCUGACUGCAGCGCCCCCAACUGGCGAGCAGGACCCCGAGGAUGAAGAGGAUGAUUGUGGUGACCCCACCGACAGUGAUAACCCCAAACACAGCGCUGCUCAGAUGAUCGACACUAUGGCCCUCCAUAUGCCUCCGGAGAAACUGUUUCACCACCUUGUCCCCCUUACGCAGGCCUGCCUUACCAGUGAGAACCCUUACCAAAAGAAGGGUGGUCUCAUGUGUCUUGCCGUGCUAGCUGAGGGAUGUGCAGACUACAUACGCUCCAAGAUGCUGCCAUCACUGCUGCAGACCGUCUGCCAGAGUCUCUCAGACAGCAACAGGGUGGUGCGCAGCGCUGCCCUUUUUGCUCUUGGUCAAUUCUCUGAAUAUUUACAGCCUGAAGUAAGUAAGUAUUGUGCAGAGUUGAUGCCUCUGCUGCUGGGAUACCUCUCCUCCCUGAGCGAGGCCAAGAUCGGCCAUAUCACUAAAGUGUUUUAUGCCCUGGAAAACUUCAUGGAGAACCUGGGAUCUGAUAUUGAGCCGUAUCUUUCCACCUUGAUGGAGACCAUGUUGUCUGCCCUCAACAAUAUGGAAAACCUGAAAAUAAAAGAGCUGGCUGUGUCUGCUAUAGGAGCUAUAGCGAAUGCAGCCAAGGAGUUGCUGGUGCCUUAUUUCCCUCCAUUGAUUGAAAGUCUGAAUGGUUUCCUCACUGCCACCACAGAGGAGAUGAGGCCUCUGCAAAAUCAGUCCCUUGAUACUCUGGCUGUACUGGCCCGCACUAUGGGCAAAGACGUGUUCGGUCCUCUUGCUGCAGAAUGCAUUCAGCUCGGCCUCAAGCUCACUGAUGCCAUUGAUGAUCCUGACCUGAGACGAUGCACGUAUGGUCUUUAUUCGGCUGUGUCCACAGUCAGCCCUGAAAGCCUGACCCCCCACCUCACUGCCAUAACCACUGUGAUGCAGCUCGCCCUGAAGUCCAAUGAAGGAAUCAUGGCGCACCUUGAAGAGGACAAAACAUUCGUCCUGCUUGAUGAUGAUGAUGAUGAGGACAAAGGCGUUGGCGAAGGAGGAAAAACUGAAGAGGACUUUUUGGAAGAUGAACCUGAGACAGACAUCCAUGACUUUGCAGGGUUCAGUGUGGAGAACGCCUACAUUGAUGAGAAGGAGGAUGCCUGCGACGCCAUGGGAGAGAUCGCCUUAAGCACAGGCGCUGCCUUCCAGCCGUUCCUGGAGUCCAGCUUCCAGCAGGUUUUUGAGAUGAGAGAUUUUCCUCAUGAGGACGUCCGCCGGGCAGCGCUGGGAGCUCUGGGUCAGUUCUGCCGCGCUCAGCACAAAGUGUGGACCGAGAAUCCCACUGAGGCCAACCACCAGGCCCUGUUGAAGUUGCUGGACGUGGUGGUACCGUGCUUUGUGGACACGGUGCUGGCGGACCGGGAGCGGCUGGUUGUAAUGGCCGUCCUGGAGACCAUGAGCAGUGUGAUCAAGUCCUGUAAGGAGGAGGUUUUCAGAAACCCUUCACACCUGACAAAGAUCAGCCACCUCAUACGUGAUGUGCUGAAGAAAAAGACGACUUGCCAAGGCAGUGGCAACGAUGAAGCUGACGAUGAAGACGAGCAGGCAGAGUAUGACGCUAUGCUCCAGGAGUUUGCAGGAGAAGUGAUUCCCUUGGUGACCUCUAGUGUUCCUGCAGACAAGUUUGCACCUUACCUUAAUGAUCUGCUGCCUCUCAUCAUGAGCAAAGCUGUAAGUCUGUAA